UAUGGCAACUCACCUCUGCAUGAAGUGGCUUCUAAGGGCUUUUCUCGCUCUCUGGAGGCACUAUGUGUCUCUAAGGCACCUCCCAAUCUUCAAAAUAAGUUGGGCUUAACUCCGCUUCACGUAGCUGCACAAAACGGCCACAAGCAGAGCAUCCGCGUUUUGCUUUCCUCUGGAGCGGACCUCGGAGCUGUUGAUAACUCUGGAAACACAUGUCUUCAUACUGCGGUUCGUUACGGUCGCACCGGAGUAGUAAAGAUCCUAUUAACUGCCUCUGCAAAUGUCAUGGCAACUAAUUGCAAUCUGGAGACGCCUCUUCACAUCGCAGCGUCAUUGAAACGCACCAAAAUUGCUAGAUGUCUUCUCACAGCCAUCACCAGCCGCGGAUCUAUCUCAGUCAUGAAUACGCUGACUCGUAUGAGUGGUGGUGGCCUUCAAAAGCAACCAUCGUCUCCACUCCCCUUGGCGUCACAACCAUUGCCGCUGACAAUACAGGCUGCGCUGUGGAUGCGCAACGCACAAGGUGAAACGCCUCUUGAGGUGGCUAGACGACGGCUAAGGAAUGGCAGUGGCAGUGAUAUGGUCUCACUCCUUCUCGAGCGGAUGAACGUGACGGACUGCUGCUCGCAAUAUGAGAACGGCACUACCAAAUCAUUACCUCGCCCUUCCACCAGUAGUGGCGAUGGUGGUGAGGCCACGGGAAACGAUCAUGACGUGCUGUUGGCUAUGCCAUGCGUGUCCUCUGAUCUUAUCUACUCCCCAGUGCAGAAGAAGACGGCGUUCAAAUUUGCAUUUAAGGGGCGCAGGAAACAGGCUUUCGUCAGUGGUGUUGCUGCUUUAUUUCAGGCCUCAGCUACUAACAGGUUACACCGUCCAAAAAUCAACGCAGCCGACAAAGCGUCGGCAUCCUGUAUUAACGAGGCUACAGUGGAGAGUCCCGCUGAUCUUUCUAGCGGCCUCAAAGUGAAACUCCGAUCUGUACGACGUUCCUUCUUUGGGGGGCUUUUCAAAAGCUCACAUACCAAAACCAUCCUACCUGCUCUGGCAGGCGAGAUGAGAAAGUCGGAGAGUAGUCAGCUGCCCUCACCGAGAGACUCGAAGUGCGAUGGAAAUACCGAAGCAUCCCUCCUGGAAAUGCCCACUUCUAUAUCUGUUUCAGAAGCACUUAAUGAGUCACGUUCUUCAUCAUUCGUGGGAAGAAGCAUUUUGCCUGAGAUAAGCUCGUCAGCAGAUGAUCCACUGCAGAACAGCCUUCUCCUGGGUCGCUUUCAGCAGCUACCUCUUCCACAAAACAGCAAAAGCACUUCAGCGGGCGUGAGCAGCACUCACUUGCCUGAGGAUGUUACGGCAACCAACAACUCCGAUGAUCGCGAUUGUACCUCUUCCCACCUGGCACUUCAGUUCCUUCCUAAUCUUACUUCCUGUGCCUCACUGUCGAAUUGCGUCAGCGGAAGUAGUGGAGGAGGUGGCGGUAUUGAUAUUUGUGGAGCCAACGAAUGCCCGCGAACACGAUUUGGUGUACGCUUCGACCUUAACGCUGACGGUGAUGCACAUGCCGUUCCAGCCUCUGUUGUGCAUGGACGACAACUAUCGAUGCAGUUAUAUCGAGAUUUGGCUGGCAACCUAAAGAAGCAUCCGCCUACAACGAGGAAAUCGCGUCAUGGUCGCUUUAGUACCGCUACCACCGCUGCCACUACCUUCAACGGGAAACAGCAAAUAAAUUCUCGUUCGGACGAGUCCCUUUCCAUUAGCGGACGUUUGAAUAAAGAAACUCCGAUCGGCUCUGCACCUCCUCUGAAACCUGCCGAUACCCUUCCGGAUACGGGUGUGCGGAAAUCUAAUGGCAGGCCAGUCUCCGCGAUCUACGAGGUAGUGCCAAAUCCCACAAAUGCUAUUUCCUAUCCUCUAUUUCCCAAUACGCACUACUGA